AUUACUGAAUAUCAGGACACAUACAAGCAUUAUUGUGCAUGCAUGCUAUUACAAAGGUCAUGCUUUAGAUAUAUGCUUCUAAAAUCUAAAGAAGUGCAUUACAUAUAUAAUAUGUGCUAAUGUGCAUCUCAAAUAGAACAGAGGUGCUUACUGGUGAUAAAGUGAUACCGGCACUGACGCUGAGACUGAGCCUUUUGCGCUCUGAACCUGCAGCAUUAACUAUGAUGUGUCACGCCUGGUGUUCCAUUUCCUCGCUGCAAGCAUUGUCAGGCCGGUUCUUAUUGACAGCUGGACCUCGGCCGGAGGGAGAGAAGCGGGAUGCAGGAGAAGCCUUCGUUCAAAAGCUCAUAGACGAAGUGUGUUGUUGAUGCGUCUGUGGUUCCCAGAUUUAUUCCUAAAGUUUUUUUUUUUCUGGAUUUGAAGGAAUCGGUGCAUCACUGAAAUGUACGCGGCUCAAGGCAGCUACACCGUGAGGAAUGUGUCGGGUAAUGAUUGUUUUCACUCUGCCAAUGCUCUUUUAAAUCUCUCAGGUAUUUAAUAAAUGUCAAGGACUUUUUUUUGUUUACUCUUUGGCUCAAAUGUGUGGGAGGUGUCUGGGCUCGAGACAAACCUGCCAAGAGAAUGGUUGGGCAUUUAGAGGGAAAGUUACACUAUAAUUACAGCGUGGGUUCAGUCUAUGUGGAGAGACAUAGCAUUUGGAGGGAAGGGACUACGGAAAGCAGUGUCUGCACCAUGGCUAAGCCCUCCUCUGUCCCUCCUCUCCUUGUGGGACCGGCCCAGAGUUCUAGUCAAAAACAUUUCAGUAACAGAACGUCUCUGGACGUCAGUAGAAACGGUCACUGGAGUUGAUUCGACAGGUCAGUGCACCAGAGAGACUGUUCCUAAAUUCCAGGGGACCGACUGGGAUUAUCAUUCGGACCUGGACUAUCUCAAUCGUGGGGACAGUUUCCAAAACAGCACCACCAUUAAGCAAUUAAGCCUGAAGAGGAGGCCCAAGGUGGCCGGCACCAAUGUGGACCAACCGCAGAGGGACACCUCAUACAGCCAGUGGCAUUCGGCAGAGUCCUUGUCCGCAUCCAGUGAUGACAUCAGGCUCCUGGGUAUGUCCACCAUGACCAGGGGGCGGCCUCCUCUGCCUCCACCCCACGGUUGCCCCUCAGACAGCAAACCGACGAGGACUGAGGCGACCGCGACCUUUCCGUCUGUGAGCGAGUUCAAACCAAAGCCGGCAACGAGAUCCAUCGCUUCGCAGAAGCAAAGUGUGGAAACACACACACAUUUGGAGCCUGAGGUGCCGACGCAGGCUCCGCCUCAGCCCCGUCCACGCCGGCGACUGGCCAGCUUCAGAGGGGUUAGCUCCCCCGGGUCAGUUUCCCCGUUUACUGCGUUGGGUGCCUACAAUCAAAACAACAAUGGGAACAAGCCUUCGGGCACAGAAAGCGAGCACCUCAACCUCGCCUCCUCCCUGGGCGGUAGAGGCAGCACCGGCUGCCUAAGGAUGAGCCCCCAAAGCUCUGGCAGAACCACUCCAGUCCCUGGUAUCGGGCCCAUGCACCUGCAGCACGUUCGUGACCAGAUGGGAAUAGCGUUGCAGAGGCUGAAGGAGCUGGAGGAGCAGGUGAAAAUCAUCCCCAUCCUUCAGGUGAAAAUCUCAGUGCUUCAGGAGGAAAAGAGGCAACUGGCCUCUCAGCUCAAGUACCAGGGCGACAACGAGGAGAUGAGGGAGGGGACGUGGACCCGAACACGCAGCGUGGAAAGGUUCGACAAGACGAGUGAGGAAGGAAGUGAGAGGACAGAGAAAAUCGAGCACACUGGACUCAGGAUGUUCAGGCAACGGGCGGAAGAGAUCGAAGAAAUGGAACAAAAUCAGUUGUCAGCUGCUGCUAGAAGUGACAAAAAUACAGAUAUCACCUUGUAUAAGGGCACAAAGGAAAACAAAUGUGUGUUGACUAGACAGAUACAAACAAGGUCUGUAGCAACACAAGUGUCCAAGGUUGAUCUUGGAACUGACCUAGAAGCAGAGCUCGAGGUUCAACAGCUAACUAUUGAUGCCUUAAAGGAGAAAAUCUGUCUUUUAGAAACAGAACUGAAAGAAUCAGCUCUCCAGACAGAGAUGAGCCGCCUGAAACUGGAGCUCCAGGCUGCGGGAGCCAGGAAUCGAGCGGAUAAAGCCUCUCUGGCGCGGCCGUCCACCGCCAGCGCAGGUGUGGAGGCGAGGCCUCGCACCACGAGCCGGGCGGCGGGAAACCACGGCGAGCUUCAGGACGCCAGCACCCAAGCAGCGUGCUGCGGCCCUGACCUGAAGAACGCCCUCGCGGGACCAGACGUGCCCAUGAGCAAGUGGGAGAUCCGAGAGCGAGUGGAGACGCGGGAGAAGCGCGUGGGGACAAGCGUUAGCCAUCGGUCCGUAGCUUGUGGGGAAGGUUCGGUCGACGUCAUGGUCUGCGAGGCGAAGGAGACGAUCAGUCGAGGCACGGCGAUGGAUCCGGUGCCAAGAGUUGAGCUGGGAGUCAUGGCGACGCCGCGGACAGCUUCACAAUUCACCAACACUGAGUCCAGCUCAGUGUCUCGCUUCACUAACACCAGCCACGCCUUCAGCACAGACUCCUGCACCAACACUCUGCUCAGUACCCAGGACAAACACACCAACACCACUCAGGCUGUGACUAGGACCGUGUCUGUAGGAAACCGGGUCAGAGACGUCCGGUGUGCGCCGGAGACCCGCACUAUUGGCGUCGGAACCUCACAUUUGGCGGGAAACGCCAUGAAGCAAGCCUUCGGGACGGCGACCAAGUUAACCCGAGACACUGGAGUUGGGUUCACCGACGUGAACGACAAUUUCUUAGUUGGACUUAAAACCAGGAACAUGGCCUCCGGGCCGUCGCACCUGCCCGACCCGGUCACGACGAGAAGCGUGGGCGUGGGGGAGGGGAAGAUACACACUCCCUCUGGCGCCCAGCAGUCCACGCAGGCCCACUGGGAUGCGGAGCUCAACCACUACAUAGAGACGAUGCAGAGGCUGCUGGGCGACGGGGACCUGGUACCGAGAGACGACGGGGGACGGGGCGGCGCCGGGGGAGAGAAGCUGUGCAGCAAGGCUGCAGGGCAGGAAGGAACUGGAGCCUCUCCGUUAGCCGCUCCGUUAGCCUCUCCGUUAGCCGCUCCGUUAGCCUCUUCGUUAGCAUCUCAGCCGCCAGAGUUUCAGGGCUCUUCUCAGUUUUCAGCUGACUCCGCUCAAUGUGACGAAGCAAAGCCAGGAGUCUGCAAGCGCGGCGGUAAUAGAUCCGAGGUGAAGAGACUGAUCCAGAUGUUGGAGCAGCAGACGUCCCCGGCCCCGCGAGUCAGGUCCGCUAAUGCUGGCACGCUGCAGCCUGUAGUAAAGAAACAGAAGAGUGAAGUCUGCAGCAGCAGCAGGAAAAGCAUGAGGUUUCUGAGGGCCACGACAGGAUUGGAUCCUAACUCGAUAUACGAGGUCGACUGUGAGGAAGUGGAAAGAGGCGGAAACAGGCCAAGGGACGUUUCUCACCGUGGGAUUCAAGGGAAAAGGAGCAAAGGUGGCUCCGUCAAGGGGCCAAAGCCGCAUGCUCAGAGGUUCAGGUUAAAUGAAAAGAUUUUGUCGGCGUGUCGAGUCCUAAAGAUGCACCUGAAUGACGACACGGCUCUGUCCAGCAGCGAGCUGCACGACUGCCUAGAAACACUCAAGCGGGAGUGGUUCACCGUGUCCAGCCACAAGUCAGCAGCUCCUGACACGCUGGCUGAGUACUUGUCAGCGUUCCGGGUCAUUUCGUGCUCCGUAUUACAGCACAUAGCUAAUAUGGCUGACAGCAAUGGAAACACAGCUCUGCACUACAGCGUGUCUCACUCCAACUUCGGCAUCGUCAACAAAUUGCUGGAUUCAGAUGUGUGUGAUGUGAAUCAGCAGAACAAAGCAGGUUACACGCCCAUCAUGCUGGCGGCGCUCGCUGCGGCGGAAAGUCCGGAGGACAUGAGAGUGGUGGAGCGGCUCUUCACAAAAGGAGACGUGGAUGCGAAGGCCAGCCAGGCAGGUCAGACCGCUCUCAUGCUGGCCGUGAGCCACGGCAGGAUGGACAUGGUGCGGGCGCUGCUGGCCCAGGGGGCGGAGGUCAACCUCCAGGACGACGAGGGCUCCACGGCGCUGAUGUGCGCGAGCGAGCACGGCCACGCCGACAUCGUGCGGCUGCUGCUGUCGCGGCCGGAGUGCGACGCCGCGCUGACUGACAGUGACGACAGCACGGCCCUGUCCAUCGCACUGGAGGCGGGACAUCAUGACAUCGCCGUGCUCCUUUAUGCUCACGCCAACUUCUCCAAAGGACAGACGGGGGCAGCUGCUCGUCACUCCUCCGCCUCCAGAAUUAGCUUUGAGUGAUGUGGCGUCCCCGAGCCUGAACGGAGGCCGCGAUUCAGAGUCGAACCCAAGAAACUGACCAGAAUGAUUAAUAAUCAUGAUACAGCGACAGACAGAAAGCGAAUUAUCUCCAGUGCCAUCCUGCACAAACAGUCAAACAGAGUGUGUUAAUAGAAACGGACAGAAGAAAAAGUAGUAAAACUCUCUUUAACAACCAAUUUAUUUGUAGAAGUAGACUUUCCUUUGCUGCUAGAACUGUAUACUGCAUGAUAAAUACUACCUACCUUUGAUUUUUACCGCUUUGGCAUGUACUUCUUAACUUUGCGUGCAUUGGAUUCCAAGCAGACGCAGCCGGUUCAUCCCUGAACCGAACGCCUGCUGGUGCUGUGGGUGGAUUUCACCUUCCACUGGACCUUCUGUUUGUGCUAAUCUAACCUUGUAACUCACAGCAAGAAAGAGCGAGUGUGCUUUGCAAAAUGACAGAUCUCUCCUUUAAGUGGCAUCGUUUACAUUAUUGCUGUUGUAGCUCAGAGAAACGGUUGUUUUUGAUCUGUAACUAUUUCUACUGAUCAAAUGAAGCAAAAAUCUGUCUUGACUCUU